CCGCCACCACCACCACCCCGCCCGCCGGCCCCGCCGCGCUGUCUUGCGUUCGUCUGCUCGCUCCGAUGCUAGCGGGAGACGCUGGGAGUGCCCGGAGCCAGACAGCCGAGCCGAGCCGAGCCGAGCCGACGCGAGCCAAGCCGAGCGGUGUCCUCGGGCCGGGGUUUGUCCGUCCGCUUUCUGUUGCCCGAGCCCCGGAACGACGAGAGUGCCACCGAGAUGAUACUCCCCUCCGUGACUCCUCGGGGGAACACUCGUGUAGAUGGCUCCAUCCCAUAAUGACACAGAGAGAAGGGGACUGACACUGGACCAUGAAAAGUUAAGUUUGAAUUCACGUGAGAUUUUACAAAAAGUUGGAGAAAAGUUAGUUUCAAUAUCUCCGGAGUACAAAACUGAUGGACUGCAAUUUGACUUUUUGUUUAUUUAUUUCAUCUUAAUAAUGUAGGCUAUGAUUAAAUAUCCUGAUCCACACCCCUUGUUGGUGUCCGAAGUGCACCGUGAAGGAGAUUUUCAUCCAGUAAAAAUGCAGGGUGUUGUCGCCGUCGUUCCAGAAACCUAGUUUUUUAAGAAAUACACUAAGAAAUGAGGAGUAAACAUAAGUCUAUUAUAAGUAUAUAUGAGUUGGUAUGGUAGGCAAUGAUAUAAAAAUGUUAAGCUUUUGAAGAUGUAUCAUGCAGAUAAGAUAAUGUUAUUGUUUGCAGUGCAUGGAAAAAAAUAAUAUUAUUUUUAAGUAAUUCUUAUGUGUUCUUCUUCUGUUUUUCACGAAGCAAUCUGUGACAAAUGGGAAGUGGACACGGUUCAACGGCGAAGAAAACAUCCCCUGCUUUCCAGAACGUAACUAGGCCACAAAGCCCCGACGCCGCCAUGACAACCAAGUUGUUGCAUGACACCCAACCGUGACCCCCGUGGAAAGAGCAGAGCGCUGCCUGGGCUCAAGUUAUCCCCCCUGCACGGUCACCUGUUACUUCAGGUUGCAUGUGGCGUUCGUCUGAUGCCAAAGUGGUUUGGGAAAAAUGAUGGGAAACGUUGACGCGGCUGCAGGACAGAGGAUGAUUUUCACAGGUCCAGAUGGAAUUGGAGACUACAGGCCCAGAUCAAAUUAUUUCCCCCUGCAUGUCGGGGUGGGCGCGUCGUCACCGGAGGCCACGGGCGACCUCGGUUACUUGUGCCGAGCUGCACCCGCCGCCCCCCCUCCCGUGCCCAGGCGGAGCUACGUGGGGGAGGUGGGCUGGGGCUGGCAGCACAACCAGCUGUUGAACAGUGGGACGCUGCUCAGCAAUAUGCAAAUUAAGAAGACCGAGUUGCGGACGGCGCUGGAGGACAGAGUGACCCAAAGAGGGAACAUGACAGAUGACUGACAACGAGUCAACAUCAAGUUUCACAGAGACGGAGCGGUGGCUGGAGGAGCUGACUGUUAAUGAGACGUGUCGACUUUGAUUAAGCAUCUUUCAAUUCCUGUAGCACGCCAAAUUUUUUGGCACUUCCAUUUUUCAUGCCCUGUACAGCCUGAAGGAUCGAGGAGCACUUCACAUCAUUCUCGACAUCAAAAGAGACUCGGGUUGUUGUCCUGCACGAUUCCACACAACCUGUGAAAGUUCACGGGAAAGUUAGUGGAAAGUUUAUGACUCUUAUUUGUUACCAUCACUGCAAUUCACCGUGGAGUUCUGACCUGAAUAUUGCAGCUUUGGCAAUAAAAUCUGGGUUAAAAUAAA